GCCCGAAGAAGCGGCACCGGCCUCUCCUUUCGCCCGACUCCCUCCAGCUCCUCGCCAUGAUGCUGUCCGUGCGCGUAGCCGCCGCCCUCGUCCGCUCCCUGCCACGGCAGGCCGGCCUGGUGUCCCGGAAUGCUUUGGGUGCAUCAUUUGUUGCAACAAGGAACCUCCAUGCCUCCAAAACGAGUCUACAGAAAACUGGUACUGCUGAAGUAUCCUCUAUUCUUGAGGAACGUAUUCUGGGUGCCGAUACCUCUGCCGAGCUAGAAGAAACUGGCCGCGUGCUUUCGAUUGGGGAUGGUAUUGCCCGUGUAUAUGGCUUGAGAAACGUUCAAGCAGAAGAAAUGGUUGAGUUCUCCUCCGGACUGAAGGGUAUGUCCCUGAACUUGGAGCCUGACAACGUUGGUGUUGUUGUAUUUGGAAAUGACAGGCUGAUCAAGGAAGGGGACAUUGUGAAGAGAACAGGGGCCAUUGUGGAUGUCCCAGUUGGGGAAGAGCUGCUGGGGCGUGUUGUAGAUGCACUGGGUAACGCCAUCGAUGGAAAGGGUGCCAUCGCCUCCAAGACGCGCAGGAGGGUUGGUCUGAAGGCCCCCGGGAUCAUCCCUAGAAUCUCUGUGCGUGAGCCCAUGCAGACUGGCAUCAAGGCCGUAGACAGCUUGGUUCCAAUUGGCCGUGGCCAACGUGAGUUGAUCAUUGGAGACAGGCAGACUGGCAAAACUUCAAUUGCUAUUGAUACCAUCAUCAACCAGAAACGAUUUAAUGAUGGAACUGAUGAGAAGAAGAAACUGUACUGUAUAUAUGUUGCAAUUGGUCAGAAGAGAUCCACUGUGGCUCAGCUGGUAAAAAGGCUUACUGAUGCAGAUGCCAUGAAGUACACUAUUGUGGUCUCUGCCACAGCGUCAGAUGCUGCCCCUCUUCAGUAUUUGGCUCCUUAUUCUGGCUGUUCUAUGGGAGAAUACUUCAGAGACAAUGGCAAACACGCUUUGAUUAUCUACGACGACUUAUCCAAGCAGGCUGUUGCCUACCGCCAGAUGUCACUGCUGUUGCGUCGCCCCCCUGGCCGAGAGGCCUACCCUGGCGAUGUGUUCUAUUUGCACUCCCGCCUUCUAGAAAGAGCAGCCAAAAUGAAUGAUUCCUUUGGAGGUGGCUCUUUGACUGCCCUCCCUGUCAUUGAGACUCAAGCUGGAGAUGUGUCAGCCUACAUUCCAACUAAUGUGAUCUCUAUCACUGAUGGACAGAUCUUCUUGGAAACUGAACUGUUCUACAAAGGUAUCCGCCCAGCUAUCAACGUUGGUCUGUCUGUAUCUCGUGUUGGUUCUGCUGCCCAGACAAGGGCCAUGAAGCAGGUGGCUGGAACUAUGAAGCUAGAAUUGGCUCAGUACCGUGAAGUUGCGGCUUUCGCCCAAUUCGGAUCAGAUCUGGAUGCUGCUACUCAACAGCUGCUCAGUCGUGGUGUACGGUUGACUGAGCUGCUUAAACAAGGGCAAUAUGUCCCCAUGGCUAUUGAGGAACAAGUUGCUGUUAUCUAUGCUGGUGUAAGAGGCUAUCUCGACAAGCUGGAGCCAAGCAAGAUCACCAAAUUCGAGAGUGCUUUCCUUGCCCAUAUUCUGAAUCAACACCAGGCUCUCCUCUCCACAAUCAGGACUGAAGGCAAGAUCUCUGAGCAAGCAGAAGCCAAGCUGAAGGAAAUAGUCACAAGUUUCUUGGCUACAUUUGAAGCAUAAACUCUUUACAGUUCUAUAUACCAGGCUAUUUUUGUCACUGACACACUGGUAGUACUCUGGUUCCAUUGUUCCAGAGGCUUUAAAGAUAUGUGUGAGUUGGAUGUAUGGAUCUCAUUGAGAAUUAAAGGUUCCAUAUAAAGAAGUCUUGUGGAAGUCGUCCUCACUGUGAGGGAGACCUGUUGACAACUGGCAUUGAUGUGUACAGAACAACGUGGCAAAUAAAAUCUUGUAAAACCA